GACCAUUUGACGAUAAGGCAAGUACGCGAGAUCGACAUGAAAGGCAUCAACGUCGAGGAGUUGGAAGAUGACGAGCCACCGAUGUUGGGAGAAGCCGAAGCUCCAGUUGAAGACAACCAAGUGGAAGACUCGACGAAAGAUCAAGACGCAAGUAUCAUGGACGAGAUGUUAGCGGUUGCUCAACGUGCCAAAAAAGAUAAACGCAAGCAGCAGGACAAGGAACGCAACCGGACAUCUUUUGGCCAGGGGCUAAAGAAGGGUUUCUUCAACACAACCAAAAUGACUACGAAGAAAAAGGGGACGCUAAAAAAGAGUACAACAACUCUGGAACCUGCUCGACAGCAAUCGCGAGAUGAACGAUUGCUGAUCGUGAACCAAAAGCAAGAGGAACCUGCGACAGAUAACUCGCCAUUUGUCUUCCCGGAAGUUCAGGAGGCGAUGAAAAGCAUGAACCAGCUCGACCCCAAAGAGUGGAUGAACGAGCGCUUCUUCGAGAAACUUGCGCGGAAUCCGAAACUUGCUCAGGCGCUACAAAACCCGUCGUUCUCGAAGUCAAUUAGCGAGAUGCAAAAAGACCCUGCUGCAGCCAUCUUGAAGUACCAGAAAGACCCCGCCGUGUCCACCAUGCUGCGAGAUUUCAUGGAGUUCCUUGGCAAUCACUUUGAAGAGCUGGGCGCUUCAGCUGAGGCCGCGAAAUCUCAAAAAAAAUCCGAGUCACAGCAGCAACAAGACUCGCAACCAUUGGAAGGUCUUCGAAUGAGCAACAAGCAUAAAACGCUAGAUUUUCCGAAAGGACCCGCGAUAGUUGAUCUGGACGAGACCCGACGCCAGGCGAUUGCUGGGAUGCAGCGUUCACCCGAAGAAGAGGAGCAAGUUCAACGGAUUUUGAAGAACCCUGAGCUGCUGGCUGCGCUGUCGGAUGGGAAUCUGAUGCAACGCAUUCACGACUGUCAAGAGUCUCCGGGAGAAUUGCAGCGGCUUGCACAUGACCCCGUGCUGGGGCCAAAACUGCGGUUGCUAGUACAGCACAACAUGAAUAUCUCAACAAUAAUGUCGGAGCACGGCACCGGCGGUUCGGGGCUGCGCUCGGAGCAGCAGGCAGCGGAGCGCAUGGCGCGUGAGCUCAUGGACAUGAAGAUUGAGACAGCCCAUCUGCGAGAGCGAUUACGGCUGCGCGUGGGCGGCGAUACGACGGCGGCGGAGCUGGAGGCAGAGGCCUUUGCGCUGCAAACGGCGCUGGGUGAGGCUCAGCAAACGCUUAAAUCUCGUGAGGCGGAGCUGCAGGCGCUGGAUCUAAAGUAUCAGAAGGCGAUGCACGGUAUGGUGCGACUUGAUGAGGCCUGGAAGCUCAGCAAGACGCAGAUGAGGAAGGCGCAGGACGCACAGCAGGCGGCAGAACAGCGAUCGUCGGAAGAGAAACAGCGAGGCAACGAGCUCCAGCGGCAGUUAGAUGCAGCCAGUCAGAGGGAGACGACACUGGCAAAUAGAGUGGAUACGCUCGUACAGGAGAAGCAGCAGCUACAGCAGCAGAGAGACGAGAAGGAACAGGAGUCUAAGAACAGGGAGAUGCAGGUCCACGAGCUGAGAGCGCAGCUGGAAGUCAUGCGACAUCAAUUCGAGACACAGAUGAAGCAGCAGGAAGGAGCCACGCGAGAGGAUGUUCGAAGACUGCAGGAACAAUUACAAAAGGCGGAGGAACAGGCUGCAGCGUUGAGAGGAGAGAUCCAUGCCAGACAAGAUGAGGCAGCCAAAGUGGAGGCCGAGCUGAGAGAUACGAAGAAGGCGGAGACAAUGACGAAGCAGAGACUCGUGCAGCUGACGGAGGACCACGCAACACUGCGUGUACACUUGGAAUCGGCCAAGUUGAUCGCUGUGGAGAGCACCCAGAGGGCGAUUCAGGCCGAGACUGAGAAUGAAAGCUUGAAAACGGAGCUGGAGGAGUUAGAGAGCGUGUUAACGGAGAAAGAGCAGACUGUGCAGACGCUGGAGGAGGAGUUGGUUGAGAACCAGAAGAGGACAGAGGGGGUGCUGGUUAAGAAGAAGCAGGCGCUGGAGGAAACGGAACAGAGACUGACAAAGGAGUCUCAGGAGAUGUUGCAAGCACAGGAGGAAGCGUGGAGCUGUCGAGAGAAGUUUUUACAAGCAGAAACUGAAAAUUACAAGCAGAAACUGGCGCGUAUGCAGGCAUUUCACGUGGAACUGGCGCAGUUGCUGCAAGUUAAACAGGGAGAGAAUGCGGAAGACGAACAAUUGGAAAGCGUCGAACCGGCCAUGCUCAAGGCGCUGAUAGUACAGGAAAUCAACAAACGCGACGUCCUCACAACGACAUUAGGUCAACUGAAGCUGAAACUUGGGGCAACCAAACGACAACUUACCUCACAGAAGCAAUUGGAGGCCGAGAACACGAAAUUACGAGCUGAGUACGAGAAGGCAAAGCUGGCAAUGGAAAGAAUGGCCACACGGAAGGCCAAGAGUCUCAAUUCUGUGACUUCUGUAACAGUCCAACCAAGAAGUCGUUCAUCAGAGGGAGAUGCUGGCAAGGAGAAUCGGACAGUAACGCCGAUCAUUAAGCGACAACUGGCUGAGGAUGAAGCUGAAACAAUUGACGUUAGGACCACACCGCGGAAGGCACAACGCACCAAACAUGUAUAUGUAGCUUCGCGGUAUCUAAGCAAAUGACACACUAACGAGGUAUACUAGUUCUUCAUAAAUCUUUUAAACCACGACAAGGUUCAAUUCGUCGGUCAUAGGCUGUUCACAAAGAAACUAAAGGCUAAUUACUCUCAAGGCAAGUGCUCCAAGAUCACAACUCGUGCUUCUCCGUUGGGAAAGGCUCUUCUUCUUGCUGAUGCUGGUGUAGUGACCAGCCAGGA